UUUUUAUUCAUUGUUCCAUUGCUCUUCAUGGCUUCGCAACCCCCCACGGUCCUGUUCCACUAUCCAGGCUCGCCAUUCGCAGCCAGAGUCCUGUACUAUCUGGCCCUGCGCGGCAUCCCCUAUGAUGAAUGCAUCCAACCAAACAUCCUCCCCCGUCCAGACCUCGCCCGUCUCGGCAUCCGCUACCGCCGCAUCCCCCUACUCGCAAUCGGCCGCGAUGUCUACCUCGACACCCCCCUAAUCCUCAACCGCCUCGAACGCUUCACCCCGUCAUCCACAACUAAACCCCCCUUCAAAUCCACCGCAACACCCUCCCAACACACCCUCACCCACCUCCUCGCCUCCUACACGCUCGACACCCCACUCUUCAAAAACGUCGUCUGCGUCCUCCUCCCGUCAACCCCUCUAAUCCACGACGAAGCCUUCCUAAAAGACCGCGCCGAGAUGCUCGGCGGCCCACCGGGCUUUAAUUUCGCAGAACACUUCGUCCUUCCCGCGCGCAAUGACGCAAUUGUCGAAGUGAAGAAGACACUCGAGUUCUUGGAAUUCACCCUCCUGGCUGAUGGGCGGCAGUGGGUGGCGGAAACGCAGGACCCGAGUUUGGCCGAUAUUGAGCUGGUUUGGCCGCUGCAUUGGCUGUUUAGUAUUCCCGGGGCUGUUCCUGAGGAGCAUAUUACUGCGGAGAAGUUUCCAAAGGUGUAUAGCUGGGUUGAGAGGUUUGAGAGGGCUGUGGGGGAGGCGCAGAAGGGGUUGCGUAGGCCCCAGACCGUUUCGGGGGAGAAGGUUGCUGCGUGGCUUGGGAAGGCUGGUGUUGAGGAUCAAGAUGAGGCGCGUGUAGAGGAGAAUGAUCCCAUUGUUAAGGCCCAGGGGCUCCAUCAGGGACAGGAGGUGUUGUUGUGGCCGGCUGAUACUGGGGCGAACCAUAAAACAAAAGGGAAGCUUGUUGGGUUCACCAGUAAAGAGAUUACGCUGGAUACGACUGAGGGUGAGGUUUCCGUGAGAGUGCAUGCUCCUAGGCAUGGGUUUAAAGUCGCUGCUGUUCCUGCGAAGGCACAUCUAAGUUAAGUUGGUUAGCUAGGGUAGUAAUGAUUGUCUUAUCAAUUCAACAACUGAACGGAAUCAGC